UAAAUGGAGUGAAUUCAAAUGAUAUAAAUGAUACUUCGUGGGAUACUCAUAUCAAAGAUUCUUCAGAAGACAAGAAAGAAAAAUGCGAUUACCUAAUUUCAAAAAUGAUAACAAAAUAUUUUCCAGAAAAUGAAACAAAUAUAUUUGCACUAUUACCUAAAAGAUCUGAUAAAAGCGCAUUUAAGUGA